AUGACUGCAGCCACAUCUAACUGGCAACAUGCUUAUGGUCUGGGCCCUCGAGGUCCAAACCCAAAGCUUGGAGCUGACCCAGCCAACCAUCAGGCCGCUCCACCUCCUUCAGGACCCCCUCGUCCUGAGGAGCAGCAUCACAAACCGUUCUUCUACGUCCAGCCGCCGCAGCCAUACCUGCCCAUGCAGAGCCUGCAGUGGCCUGUUGCUUUGCCCAUGCCUGUGUCCUACAACCCGUACUACGGCUACCCUGGCUUAGGUUACAGUCUACCAAUGAUGUCCCAUUACCAGACCAACCCUUAUUUGGAGCAACCUGCACCUGGUUUUGUCGUUCCUCAUACUCGCCUUCAUUUGAUGGAUUACAGACGUGUUCUAAACCCCCAGUAUUACCAGACCAUGGCCUACCAUGCCCGCAGGUUCCGCUACCAGCACAACUCUGCUGCCAAAGAGAUGACCAGUUCUGAAGUUCAAACUGAACCACUUGAAUCGGCUCACAGAACCAGCACCCAAAGCUCCCACAAGAACUCUCAUAACUCCAGUGGCCCCACUGGAACAGUUUUCUCGCCAGCCUUGGCUGUACAAAAGGAUCAUUCUUCUGAGGUCCAGGAGAAUGUACCUCCUUUGACCACCACCAGGACCCCAUCAAACAGCAGCUUUGUGAUUCAAACGGAGGAGACGUGUCCCACAGCUUUUCCCAAGACAUGGUCCAGUGUAGUUCCCUCCUUCAUAGCCUGCAAGAUGAGGGGCUCCAGCUUCCUGCAGACCAGUCUGAACAAGAACUCCAAGUUUUCCCUGACAUCCAGUUAG